UGCCCACCGCCCCCUCCCGCGCUCCAUCGACUCCUACACCCUGAGUACCGGCUCGGAAUAACUCACUGUAACGCAGACUCAACGAAAAGUGACCAGACGCAGGCGGAGACGGGAGCGAGCGUUUACCCGGAAGUGAAAGCCGUCCCGUGUCUGUCGGGCUGAAACUUAACGGAUCACCGAAGGUUCCGACCUCAGAAAGGCGAAAGCUGCGGUCCUUCCUUUUUCUUAGAUGCUGAGAUGAAUCGUCACCUGUGUGGUUGGCUUUUUAGACAUUCCUGUCUUAACAGUCAUGGCCAGUGCUACAUCCACCCCCAUUCUCAUCAGUUUACACAGAAACGUCUUGAUACAAAGUUUUGGGUUUUUAGACAAAACAGGAAUCACAUUCUCCAUCAUCUGUUAAAUAAGAAUCAGUCCAGGAGAUGCUAUCAUGAGGUCACCAGGAUGCUCUGGAAGCAUAAAGCACUACAGAAAUAUAUGGAGGACCUGAAUAAGGAGUACCGAGCACUUGAUCAGGGUUUGCAGCAUAUCUCUGUGAAUGAAGGGGACCCAAAGUCCUUCAAUCGAAGGCAUGCUGAGUUGGCACCGCUUAUAGCCAUUUACCAAGAAAUUCAGGAGGCUGAACAAGCAAUUGAAGAAUUAGAUUCAAUGUGCAAAAGUCUAACUAAACAAGAUGAAAAGCAGUUACAAGAACUUGCAGUGGAAGAGAGGCAAACCAUUGUUCAGAAUAUCAGCAUAUUAUACAGUGAGCUUUUCCAGAGUCUAGUGCCAAAGGAUAAAUGUGACAAGAAUGAUGUUAUAUUAGAGGUGACAUCUGGAAGAACUACUGGGGGUGAUAUCUGCCAACAAUUUACCCGGGAAAUAUUUGACAUGUACCAAAAUUACUCAAGCUAUAAACACUGGAAAUUUGAACUUCUGAAUUAUACACCAGCUGAUUAUGGUGGGCUUCAUCAUGCAGCUGCCCGAAUUUCUGGUGACAGUGUCUAUAGGCAUUUGAAGUAUGAAGGUGGGAUUCACCGAGUUCAACGAAUCCCAGAGGUGGGCCUGUCUUCAAGGAUGCAGCGUAUCCACACAGGAACAAUGUCUGUUAUUGUCCUCCCUCAACCAGAUGAGGUAGAUGUGAAAGUGGACCCCAAGGAUCUGCGAAUAGAUACAUUUCGAGCCAAAGGAGCAGGGGGUCAGCACGUUAAUACAACCGAUAGUGCUGUCAGACUUGUUCAUGUCCCCACAGGACUUGUAGUAGAAUGCCAACAAGAACGGUCACAGAUAAAAAAUAAAGAAAUAGCUUUGCGUGUGUUGAGAGCUAGACUGUACCAGCAGAUUACUGAGAAAGACGAGUGUCAACAACAAAGUGCUAGAAAACUGCAGGUGGGAACAAGAGCCCAGUCAGAGAGAAUUCGGACAUAUAAUUUCACCCAGGAUAGAGUCACUGAUCACAGGAUAGCUUAUGAAGUUCGUGAUAUUAAGGAAUUUUUAUAUGGGGAGAAGUGCCUUGACCAGCUAAUUCAGAGACUGCUUCAAUCAGCAGAUGAAGAAGCCAUUACUGAAUUUUUGGAUGAAAACCUUAAAUCAGUAAAAUAAAUGCUGACUUAUUUAUUAUUAUGUAAAUGAAAUGGACCAUAUCAAGAAGCAGACUGAGGCAUGGAAUUCUUUAUGAAUGUUCAUAAAGUGCAGCUAAAGUUAUACAGUUCCAACAAAUAUAUUUUUUACAAUCAAGUCACAUUUCUUGACCCAAGAGUUUGUUUUAGGUUUCCUGUGAAGUAUAAUCCAGCUCUUCAAAUAGAAAAUAAGCAUGUGUCAUUGAAAAAAGAAAUAAGUAUUGAGAAUUGAGAAUUGAUUGUGUGAUUUAGGACAGGUUGCUUGUUCUCUUUAUGUCUUUUUUUUAACCAUCUAUAAAUAAUUUAAACACAUUUUUCAUCUUAUUACUUCAGGACUUUGCCACAUGGUAAAAUUUAGUGGUAUAUGGUUUAUAAACUUCUUUUUAAACUCCUAUUCAAAGACAAAAUACUGUUAAUUAUGUUAAAGCUAGGCAUUAAAAUUCUACUUUUAAGUAAAUAAAUAAAAACAGUUAAGAGUUAGUGACAACAGUGAGCAUUUCUAGGAUACAGAAUGUAGAGCUCUUUGAGAGCAGAAUGAAUUUUAUACAGUAUAAACUACAAGCCAAUAUUUAAAGAAGCCUCUCUGCUUAGCUUCUAUUUCUUGUUAUUUUUUGGCUUUUAAUGAGCAUCAGCAGAUGUGGUGUAAUGUGAGUAGGUCACUGUAAUGGAUUUUGUGCAGUGGUAUAUGUAUAUAACCCAGCUCAUACCUUACAGACCUUCCAUACAGUGAGGAAGCCAAUAUAUAAAUCACCAACUAACAAAGUGGCAUGAUUUAUUUAGUAAUUGUUCUCAGGAAGUUUCUUGAUUAAAAGAGGGGUUAAUAUUGUUAGGCUGGAGGAAGGAAAAACAAGGACAUGCAAACAGAACAGAGAGAUUCCAUAGGGGGAGAACAGACCAGACCCUAAGGUCCGUGCCUUAUAUGGAAA